AUGCACGUGAUCGGAAAAGCUUCAAUCAACCGAACAGCUCGACCAAGAGUUAGUUCGCGGAUUGGGAUUCUCGAGGAGGAACAGCCCACCCAUUCAAUUGGCCAGCUAACAGUCUCGCGUAACGAUGAGCAGACCUCUCCUCCUUCUCAGACCUCUAGGCAGGUGUUUGACCCGGUGUACGCGGAGAGACCGGGUCGACAGCCUUUGUAUUCGGAACAAGACAACGGACAGCGGGUUCUCCCAGCGAGCUUCCUUAAACCGCUCAAAGACCCAGGGUUCGUCUCGCGGUCUUCUCCGAAAUCCUAUUCGAAAUGCACCGUCGCGGCCUCAGCCAAAUUUUUCCAAAGUGGGAAAAUUGCUUUUAUCGGAAUGAUGCGCUUGUCCACAAUUUUGAUUUUCGUUGUCUCGUGCACCGUGGUUGCCCCCGCAUUCUAUGCCGCCGAGUACCCCUGGUAUAUACCGCCGGCCACAUUUGCGCAACAGUCAAGGGAGCACAUGUUAUCCUACCUACAGAAUGUUCCCCGAACAGCCACAUUAAGCAUCGAGACUAUGAAGUUUAACUUCUAUCCUCGAAGAACCCAGGUCGCAAUCUCAGACCUAGCUCCUGGAAAAUCACUCACCCGGCCAGUUAGCUUCAUCAAUACCAACCCUCAGCCACAGCCAUGGUGGAGAGGCAAAGAUGGUGUACAUUUCUAUACACCAGAGGCAAACAGACCAGCUAAAUCGACUCCCAAGUUUUUUCCAGAAGCUUGGGAGCGAGUAUUUGCCCAGAUUAAGCAGAACAGCCUUUUAAUGAAAAACAAAUGA